AUAUAUAUAUAUAUACCAACUCUUUAUUCUUUAGUCUUGAUUAUUUUCCCUAGUGAUGUAAGUCUUCACUGGUUUUCCAAGAUAGUUGCAGCAACUCAAAACAACUCCCAUCAAUGCUUACAUACUUAUUAAAAUAGCAAAAAAGAAGAAGAAAAUCACAUAAGAACAGUGAUACCAUCAAAAAAGCACCAGAAUUCUGAUUUCAAUCGACGCUUUUCUGUAGUUUCGACAUCUGAGAUAAAAAAGAAAUUAAAAAAAAAAUGCAGAAGUAUCCAGUGCCAGAAGAGUUCGCUCUGAAGCAAACAGCCCCCAAGAUUGCCGGCUCAGGUGUGAUCACCGGGGGUGAUAAAGUCAAUUGCGCCUACGACCUAGUCGAGCAGAUGGAAUACUUAUACGUUCGUGUUGUCAAAGCAAAAGAGCUGCCUGUAAAGGACAUCACAGGCACAUGCCAUCCCUACGUAGAAGUCAGGCUCGGUAACUACAAAGGAGUAACCAAGCAUUUCGAAAAGAAAUCCAACCCACAAUGGAAUCUCGUCUACGCUUUUUCUCAGGACCAGCUCCAAGCUUCGUAUGUCGAAGUGGUUGUAAAGGAUAAGGAUGUCGUAAUGGAUGAUUUCAUCGGUAGGGUUUUCUUCGACCUCGCAGAUGUCCCGAGACGGGUCCCGCCCGAUAGCCCCUUGGCCCCACAAUGGUACAAGCUUGAAGACAAGAGAGGUGACAAGCUCAACAAUGGAGAAAUCAUGCUUGCUCUCUGGAGAGGAACUCAGGCGGAUGAAGCUUUUUCCGAUGCAUGGCAUUCCGAUGCAGCCACCAUUGGUAGUGAAGGGGUUUCGAAUAUUCGAGGGAAGGUGUAUCUUUCUCCUCGGCUAUGGUAUCUCAGAGUCAAUGUCAUUCAAUGCCAAGAUUUGCUUCCAAGUGAUAGAAGUAGACCACCUGAGAUUUAUGUGAAGGGCAUUCUCGGAAGUCAGGCUUUGAGAACUCGAGUAUCUCCGGUGAGAAGCGUGGACCCCACUUGGAACGAGGAUUUGGUCUUCGUUGCUGCAGAGCCGUUCGAUGAGCCAUUGAUUUUAACGAUAGAGGAUCGAGUGGGGCCCAAUAAGGACGAGGUAUUGGGGCGGUGCGUGAUGUCGUUGAGCAGUUUCGCCAAAAGGCUGGACAACAAGCCUGUGCUGGCUAAGUGGCACAAUCUCGAGAAGCAUGCGUAUGUUGAGGGAACAACGACGAAAAAGGAGGCUAAAUUUUCAAGCAAGAUUCAUUUACGGAUUAGCUUGGAUGGUGGCUACCAUGUGAUGGACGAGUCGAUUUAUUACAGCAGCGAUUACAGACCGAGCUCCAAGCUGCUGUGGAAACCGAGCAUUGGAGUUCUCGAGGUGGGGAUUAUUAGUGCGACAGGGCUGUCACCGAUGAAAACGAAAGACGGGCGAGGGACCACUGAUGCUUACUGCGUGGCUAAAUACGGGCCGAAAUGGAUUCGAACGAGGACUAUAAUCGACAGUGGUUCGCCGAAAUGGAACGAGCAGUAUACAUGGGAGGUGCUUGAUCCUUGUACUGUGAUCACUGUGGGAGUUUUUGACAACGGCCAUCUUCAAGGUGGGAAGGAUUGCAGCAUAGGGAAGGUGAGGAUUAGGUUAUCCACACUUGAGACGGAGCGUGUUUACACGCACUCGUACCCUCUGGUUGUGCUGAAACCCUCGGGGGUGAAGAAGAUGGGGGAGAUUCAAUUGGCUGUUAGGUUUUCGUGCGCGUCGUACCUCAAUUUGCUGCAGAAGUACACGCAUCCGUUGCUCCCGAAGAUGCACUAUGUUCACCCGCUCUCGGUGGCGCAGCUGGAAGCUUUGAGGUAUCAGGCCGUUCAGAUAGUGGCGGCGCGGCUGGGGAGAUCGGAGCCGCCGCUGAAGAAGGAGGCGGUCGAGUACAUGGUGGACGCCGGAUCUCACAUCUGGAGCGUGAGGAAGGCGAAAGCUAAUUUCGUGAGGGUGAUGAGCGUCGUCGGCGGCGCGGCCGCCGUCGCGAGGUGGUUCGAUCAGAUCCGCCAUUGGAGGAACCCUCUCACCACCGUUCUGAUUCACGUGCUCCUCGUGAUUUUAGUUCUCUACCCCGAAUUGAUUUUCCCAACCCUGUUUCUGUACCUCUUCUUCAUCGCGGUCUGGAACUACAGGCGGAAACCUAGGCACCCGCCGCACAUGGACAUCCGUCUUUCCCACGCCGACGCAGUGGGCGGCGACGAACUGGAUGAGGAAUUCGACACUUUCCCGACCUCGAGACCGCCGGACGUGGUGCGGAUGAGGUACGACCGGCUGAGGAGUAUCGGCGGGAAGAUCCAGACGGUGGUCGGAGAUCUAGCGGUGCAGGGGGAGAGAUUUGAGUCUCUGAUGAGCUGGAGAGAUCCACGGGCAUCGGCAUUGUUCGCGGCGUUCUGCCUUUUUGCGGCGGUUGUGAUGUACACGACGCCGUUUCAGAUAGUGGUGCUGGUUUUGGGGCUGUACGUGCUGAGGCACCCUAAGCUCAGGGGUAAAGUUCCGUUUGUGUCGACGAAUUUCUUCAAGAGGUUGCCGGCGAGAUCAGAUCUCAUGCUGUAACCGUUUUCCGGCGAUGGUGCUCAUGUAUUUUUUUUGUAUGUAUUUAAUUAAUUAAUGAUUCAUUAUUCUCAUUU